AGUGUCAGUGAUCCAGACUGCACAAAAUUCAAAAGGCAUGUGAAACAAACUAAUUAUACUCAUAAUUUAUAUUGCAGUAAACAUCUUUGCCUUAACUAAAAUAAGGGGGCGUUGCAAUAACUAUAUAAAAUGCCAUAUUAUAUAUUAUAUUUUUUUAUGUUAUAUAUUAUAUUUUAUUUAUUUUAUAUUAUAAAUUAUACUCUGGCAGCUAUUACUUACUUUAUUUUAUCUUAUUACUUUAUUAUUCUGUUUUGCAUUGACUGGAGGACUUAGUAAUUAUGUGCACUUUUUGUUGCAAUGACAAUAAAAUUCUAUUCUAUUCUAAAACACAUGCAGAGAUUUAUGGUCCUGUGAAUGCUUGUUGUGAAAUAUCUUUCAGAUCCUUUUUUUGGCUGUCUUCUUUGUUGUAGAGGACACUGGGUGAAAAAAGUGUAACCCAAAUGUAACCUUAGAAAAUGAUGCUGUCAAAGUUUCACUUCAUCAAGCAAAAAAACCAAAUAAAUCCUGUUAUGUCAACACUAGGCUUCUUUCAAGGGUAUACAGUUAAUAUCACCCUUCCGGUGUUUGUAUGCACCGGUUGCAGUGUCGGUUUUGGUGUGCUUUAUGCAUACUUAGAGGCAAGUACAAACAAGCUUUUCUGACUAUACAAAAAAAAAAAAAAAAAAAAAAACACAUUGUAUGUAUUGGCACUCAGCAGACCAAAAAGCAUGAAUGUUAGUUUCAGUUUACAUGGUUGAAUGGUUGAAAAUCAUCUAGGUUUAAAAUUGAAAAGGACAGAAGAGCAGGAAAAAAGUGGAGAAGCAGUUUAUAUUAAGUUGAAAUGGUCGUAUAGCAGUUAAAACGUCACUUUUUAUUUCCUGGGAAAUGUUUGUGGUCCAAAUAGGACUAAUUUUGGUCACCACUUUGGUGACCAAGUAAUAUUCCUACAAAUGUAGAACACCUGGUUAAUAUUCUGUAUAUCUGAUUAGAGAAGUAAAAAACAAACAAACAAAAAACUAUAUGAUAUUAUUAUAAAAUAAAUCAUACACUGCAGGGAUUUAGAACAAAGAUAUGGGAGUACAGAUAUUGCCUUUGGAAUGUAGGCACUGAUCAAAUUUGCAGAUAUUUUUUAAGGAAACUGAUUAAAUAAUCACACUUUGUUAGAUACACUUUUCUAGUACUAGGUUGGACCCCCUUUUGCCUUCACAACUUCCUUAUUUCUUUGAAGCAUAGAUGCAUCAUGGUGUUGGAAACAUUCUUCAAAGAGUUUGGUCCAUAUUGGUGUGAUAGCAUCACACAGUUGCUGUAGAUUUGUUGGCUGCCCAUCUAUUUUGGAAAUCUCCUGUUCCACCACAUCCCAAAGGGAGGAUGGAUCAAUAUUUUAAUGAAGCUUACACCAAAUUCUGACCCUACCAUCUGUGUAGAAAAGGCCCCAAAGUCUCCAGUUCAUUUAGUUGUAGUCAGCCGAUAUUCCAGUGUCUAUUGCGCGAGGAUGGCCAGUUUACCGGUUAGUUGUAUUGCGGGUGACGUCAUCUGGUAGAGUUUCAUGUGUAACAUUCUUUGUGGUGGGCUACGGUCACCUGUUUGAGCAAUGUGUGCGUGAAUGACCAGUUAACCGGCAUUGGCAACAAAAUUGUAAUGGCCAGUUCAGAGGAUGUGAUUGAGCCAGUGCUUGUGAGCUCAGCAGCUCAAAACUUGGAAAGAAGGCGCUUCUCUUGUGACCAUGAUCAUUUCAGUCCAGAUGAGUUGGAUGGUCUCAUUUCGAGCAGUGAUGGCCGCCCUUUCAUCAUUGUUUAUCAUCUCUCUGAAAUGAAACAUGAAAAUUACUUAAUGCCCAACACUCCUAUUACAUGCAAAGUGGACAACACAGAGAAAUAUACCACUCGUUCAAAGGUCAAUGUAGGAACCCUGUACACAGUGCAGUUCACACAUGGCCACUUCCACUGGAGAGUGAAGAGGAAGUACAAGCACUUUCAGGAGCUGCAUCGAGACCUUUACAAGCACAAAAUUUUGUGUCAGUUAAUGCCACUUGGAAGGUUUGCUGCAGAUAGGCACCAACUGAGUAACAUGACAGAGGAAAUGCCCAGCCUGCAAGGGACUGAACGGACAAGAAGAACCUCCAGCAAGAUGAAAUACCUUGAGGAAUACCUGAAUGGUCUGCUGGAGAAUGCAUUCUGCAGGAAUGACCACAGCAUGUUGGAAUUCCUCUCAGUCAGCUCUCUCUCCUUUGUAACUGAUCUGGGACCCAAGGGCUUGGAGGGGCCUAUUAUCAAGAGGUCAGGGGGUCACCGGAUCCAAGGUCUGAACUGCAUUGGCCAUCACCAGUUCUGUUUCCGCUGGUCACACCGCUGGCUAGUGGUGAAGGAUUCCUUCCUGAUGUACAUGAGCCGACGCAAUGCCAAAAUCGACUUUGUCUUGUUGUUUGACCCCGAGUUUAAAGUCAAAGUGGGCCACUCUUACACUGACACCAAACACGGAGUCUGCAUUGAGAAUUUUACCCGGAGCUUGAUCAUUAAGUGCAGAAGCUACAGACAAACUCACUGGUGGAGUCAUGAAAUCAACCAGCUAGCCGAAAGCUGUGACUUUCUCAAAGUGCAGCGCUUUGAGGGAUUUGCUCCACCACGAGAGAAGACUCUCACGAAAUGGUAUGUGAAUGGAAGUGGCUACUUUGCAGACCUAGCAGAUGCUCUUGAACAAGCCAAGGAGGAAAUUUUCAUCACUGAUUGGUGGCUCAGUCCUGAAGUGUUCCUAAAGAGACCAGCAACUGAUAAUCACUGGCGACUGGAUGAGAUACUUAAACGGAAAGCAGAACAAGGAGUUAAAGUGUGUGUCCUGCUGUACAAAGAGGUGGAGGUGGCACUUGGCAUCAAGAGUGACUACAGCAAGAGGACUCUCAUGAAUAUGCAUCCAAACAUCAAGGUGAUGCGACAUCCUGACCAUUUGUCAUCUGUGGUCUUCUUUUGGGCUCACCAUGAAAAGAUGGUGGCGAUUGACCAAACUGUGGCCUUUGUAGGAGGGAUCGACCUGGCAUUUGGUAGGUGGGAUGACAGCCAGUACCGCCUGACUGACCUGGGUUUAACAGAAACGUCAAACGGUGCAGUUGAGGAGCCUCUGAAGGAAGAUAUGAAAGAUAAUGGUGUGGAUUUAAGCCCAAAACCAGAGAACCAAACAGAACAAGGCUCAGAGAAUUUGACUGGUAACACUAAACUGUGGCUUGGCAAAGACUACAGCAACUUUAUCACAAGAGACUGGGUCCAACUGGACAGGCCAUUUGAAGAUAACAUCGACCGCACUAAAGUUCCUCGCAUGCCAUGGCGUGAUCUGUCUGCAACUGUUCAUGGCAAAGCUGCCAGGGAUGUAGCCCGCCACUUCAUCCAGCGCUGGAACUUCACCAAAAUCUUUAAAAACAAGUACAAAGAUGACUUCUACCCAUAUCUUCUGCCCAAGUCUCACUCUACUGCUGACUUACUGUCAUUCACUGUGCCUGAAUCCAGGAAAGCCAAAGUCCAGGUUUUGCGCUCUGUUGAUCGUUGGUCUGCUGGAACCUGUGAGAAUUCCAUCCUUAAAGCCUACAUGCAUACUAUCGAGAACAGUGAGCACUAUAUCUACAUUGAGAACCAGUUCUUCAUCAGCUGUGCUGAUGGGAAAACUGUCCACAAUGGGAUAGGUGAUGCAAUUGUGGAUCGAAUCCUACGUGCUCACAGAGAGCAGAAGAAGUACAGAGUUUUUGUGGUGAUCCCUCUGCUUCCUGGAUUUGAGGGAGAUAUUAGCACUGGAGGUGGAAAGGCCAUCCAAGCUAUUCUGCACUUCACUUACAGGACGAUGUGCCGUGGGGAGCACUCCAUUUUAUCAAGACUUGGUGAAGUAAAGGAGCAGUGGACCGAGUACAUCUCUUUCUGUGGCCUUAGAACACAUUCCCAGCUUUCCAAGUCGCUUGUCACAGAGCUCAUCUAUGUUCACAGCAAGACCCUCAUUGCUGAUGACCGCUGUUAUAUCAUUGGAUCAGCCAACAUCAAUGACCGCAGCAUGCUGGGCAGCCGAGAUAGUGAGCUGGCAGUGUUAGUAGAAGAUGAAGAGAGGGUCCCAUCCAUCAUGGGAGGAGAGAAAUAUAAGGCCGGACCACUCACACUUGCUCUACGCAAAGAGUGUUUCAGGGUCCUUGUUGGAGCAGCUUCAGAUCCCAGUAUCAAUAUAGAUGAUCCAAUCAGUGAUGAUUUUUUCUUCUUGGUCUGGAAUGAAACGGCUAAACAAAAUACCACCAUUUAUGACAAGGUCUUUAAAUGCCUGCCAUGCAAAAGUGUCCACAACAUGCGGGAGCUGAAAGAGUUCUCCAGCCAGGAACGCCUCUUCGACACGGACCCUGAGCAGGCAGUGGAGGAGCUGAAGGCCAUCAGAGGGCUGCUGGUCCACUUUCCCCUACAGUUCCUGUGUGAGGAAAACCUGCUGCCUCCUCUAAACACUAAAGAAGGCAUGGCUCCUCUAGAACUCUGGACAUAACCAUGUUUAUGCCAAAUCAAACUACUACACGAUAGCCUGAUGCCUAGCCUAUACUUAAUAUCCAGCACAGUACAAUAUAAUUGUUGCAACACCAGCACUUAAGUAGUGAAAAAAGAAAACUUCAUCUUGAGACUGUUUAUUUGUAGCCUUAUCUAGUUUAGCUUUAACCACUGAAAUGCACAAUUUCUGCUGACUUAUAAUCUAUUAGAACACUAGAUGAACCUCUGCAGGCCAGUUAAUUCAUGUCUGCAGUGUUUGCUUCAUAACUUCUACAGUGCAAUAUAAACCUUAGGGCUGGCAGCUCAUUUAAAUGAAUGUACAACUCAAGAAAGGAUUUCAAGGUUGUGUUGGAGAUAGAGCAUCACACAUGAUCUGGGAACAUAGUGUACAUUUAUUGUUACAUGUUUUUUUUUUUGUUUGGGUGGGUGGGUGGCUGUGUCUCUUCUCUCUCUCACGCUCUCACUCUCUCCCUCUGAGGCUUCACCUCUCACUGCAGUGCCAGAAAAUCUGUCAGAACAUUUGUGGUUGUUAUGGUGACGGAUAUAAAGAGAUGACUGGAUUGUAGCUGAAAUAUAGGACUGGAUGGGGAAGAAAUAAGGAGAGGGCUAAUGCAAGGGAUAACUUACUAAAUCAGGAUGGUGCACAAGAAAACCGAAAGUAAUAUGCUGAUAAGAGGACAGACCACUUUUAAUGGAAGCAUCAUAUUCAUAUUUUUAUUUGGAGGAAUUGUGAGUGGGAAAAGAAAAGGGGGACAAGAUAAUUGAAGGGUGCUGGGUUGAUUCACUGUUAAUUAUUGCAAUUCUUUAUGUCACCAUGACAACCAAGUGAAUUUAUUUCACCGUGUUGUCAGCAGUUCAGGAAGGAACAUUCCAUUUGACCACUCCAUUGUGCAGCUAAUUCCAUGGCGUGUGUAGGUGUUGUGAAGUGCGCUGUGUGUGUACCUUAUGUUACAUUUGCUCAGACAUGAGAUAUUUUCUGAGGUCCAGCCAAGAAGUGACAUAAUGUGUCUGACACAGUUAAUAACUGCCGAAAGUGCCAGUUUGUAGGCAUCAUCAGUUAUUUUAAUUACUUUGUUUUGUUUUUUUUAACUUAAAAUCAAUAACCUUGUUGGUCAAUCUGUAAAAAUGUCUUGUAUUGGUGUUGCAAAAAGAAUACCAUUCCACUUCUGAAAUAAUUAUUUUACCUAAUAAUAAUUUAGUAGAAUAUGAAGUAUGUAUUCCCUGCUGAAUGAAGAAGCAAGACUUGGGUUACCUAGGUGACAGAAAACCACAGUGACAAAAACAAGGUGAAAGGGAAAUUUCUGUAACUAGACUUCGUACACCUGGGUAAAAUAACAUUUCUAUGUUUUACACAAACACAUAUUUCAGAUGCCACAUGACCUGGAAUGAUAUAUUAAUGUGUGUACAACAUCGCUAUAAACAAGUUCAUAAUCCAGAAAUUGUAAAACUAUGGCAUGAUGAAUCAAAUGAAAUUGUAGAGACUGUUGUAUAAGCUUUUGACACAUGUCCACAGGUCAACAACUGGUUUCAGUGCAAACGGUCUGUAAAUACGAUCAGCGCUCACAUGGGGCACAUCUUUGGGACACUACCCAAAGCACUUUUGAAAGUAGAGCUAAUAUAUUAUUUGUGUUUAGAAAGUCCACAUUGCUGGUUUCAGUAAUACCCACUUUCUUUUGGAAGGUAAUAAAAGCCACAAAACCCUGCAUUAUAGAAAUUGGUGCUAGUCUUUACAUAGCACAAGAUGGACAAAAGGCUUGAAGUUCUGUUCUUUGUUGUGGAUUAUUAGAAACAUAUUUGUUGUACAGAGAAAUGACCCUAACACUGUUUCAAUCUCAAAGUGAAUUUUGCCUUAUAACUAUUACCACCUAUACAUUUUUAUGAAUGUACUACUAACAACUAAUUAAACUUUAGUUGCAUUUUAUCUCUAAUAGUCACUAUGUGAAAACUGUUUAUAUGCACAUCUGUAGAGGUUAUUAUUCAUAAAUGGACCACUAACACUCAGGGGUAAGGAAUUCUUACAUAUUCUUACUUACUCAUGUCAGUACAGUUGUGA